CAACCCAUGUAACGCAAACAGGAACUGACACGCACUAGCAGAUGCUUGCAAGAUAGCUAGAUAGCUUAUAGGUUUAAACAUGUGUGCAGUUUUCUAAGUAUCUGUCAUUAUUUGAAGUGAGGGCUGGUAAUUACAUAAUGGUAAAUGUACAGGGGCGAGCUACAAAUAGUAAUGUCUGUCCUCCUCAUGAAACUCUGAAUUGAAGGCAUCUUAUUUGACGAUGUUGGAGCCCGUAUUGUCAUUAUGGUUUGGAUCAAAUCAACCCGGUUUCUUCCUAGGUUCAACGUGCCUAGUUAGUGCAAUGAUGCUUAUGUGGCUUGGAGGCAUCCAAGCUAGUUUGAGUUUAGGACCUGGUGGAGAGUUCCCCGGGUUUCGAGAUCUGUCACUCUAUGCAGUCAGUCACGAUGAGCUUCCGUCUCUUCUCUACAACGCUCUUCUCGUGCUCUUGCUCGGACCGUGUCAGGAACGACGCUGGGGAACCUUCACUCUCCUCGUUCUAUCGAUCCUGUCCAUGGUCUUAUUACCCCCGCUAUACACGCUUCUCCUGUUUAUCGGUGGCGGAGAGGCUAGUCGGAUAUCUGGGUUCUCUGCCGUCCAGCUGGCCCUGUUUACGGCCCAGUGCCGCCAGGUGAAACAGAGGAAGAUGCUGAGGUGUAUACCGGUUUGGUUUCUUCCCUGGUUGCUGCUACUGUUCAACCUGCUGUUGCUGCCCAACACAUCCCCUCUCCUGCACUUCUGUGCCAUCUGCAUAGGGCACAACUAUCGGCAGUCCUUCGUCGCAGAGCUGCAGGGCGUAGCAAUGGCGAAACGUUUCGACAUCCUUCCUGAGUGGAUCUACAUUCCUUCCUCCUCCCGGUUGCGGCUUCCCACACACGGAGCUUCUCACAGAUCUGGGUCCCUCCCCCUGCUGGUCCCACUGGGGCGGGUGGAUCUGCCUAGGAGACCAUCCGUGGAAGAUCCCCCCCUCUUGAACCCGCAGCCGUGGGCGGGGCCAGCACCUCAUUGGCUGUUGGACGGUUCGGCUGCAGUGUCCGAGGCCCAUCACCUGGACGAGCAGAUGUUGAGGGCGGGGAUUCUGGCCUCCCUUCAGGGGGCCCCUGAGGCCCCCGAUACUAAAGUGGAGGUCCCCAAGUCCUCAGUUUCCUCUAUUAGGCUACAACAACUGGAGAAGAUGGGUUUCCCGACUGAGAAGGCUGUGUUGGCAUUGGCUGCCUCCAAACAGCUAGAUGGCGCCAUUUCCCUGCUGAUCGAUGGCAGAGUUGGGGAGGAAGCCGUGGUCACGUCAAAGGGGAAGAACUUCCUGCCGCCAAACCGAACCUGAGAGGUCGGCUAGGACACUGGAGGAAUAAGUGAUUUUGAGGGAGUACUGUGUUUUAUGCUUGGGUUUUGCUGAGCUUUCAAAUGUACCCU